AUGCCUCGAAUAUCUCCAUCGCUGCUAAAAAAGGCCUCGAGUAUACGGCCCGGCUUGCACCUUUUGCUCCCUGAGUGUAGAAGUCUCCAACAAGCCACACUCGAGUACAAAUGGCUUAGUGAAGAACUGCCUCCAGAAAAAUCCAUCCUGUGGGCCUGUUUACAGAGAUACAACCAUGUCCCAUUACAGUACAUCUUGGGUUCGCAACCAUUUGGUACUUUGGACAUUAUCUGUAAGCCAGGUGUUCUUAUACCAAGAUGGGAAACUGAGGAAUGGGUGAUGGAGCUAAUAACAACUAUAAACAAUUCAACACUCUUCAACCAUGAGACUCCUUUGCAUAUUUGUGAUACCUGUACUGGAACAGGGUGUAUUGCUCUUGCUUUGAAUCAUGGUAUACCGAAUUCUACCUUCACAGCCAUUGAUAUCUCGAAGAAAGCGAUUGACUUGGUCAAACUAAAUAUACUAAAGAACAAAGUGGGCAAAGGCAGGCUUAUACAACGAAAUAUAUUAACUUCAACCCCUAGCAAUGUCCCUCCACUUCAUAUAGACAUACUUACUGGCAAUCCUCCCUAUAUUCGAAAGCGUGAUUUUAACAGAGAUGUCAAGACCUCUGUAAGGCUGUUCGAACCGAAACUAGCACUAGUGGGUGAGCUUGAAUUUUAUCAAAAUCUAGUAGAACACUGGCUAUCAAAAACCGAUUCCUUCUUUUAUGAGAUUGGCGAUACUGGUCAGUUUGAUUAUGUAGAAACUCGUAUUAAAAGCGAUUCUAAGCUGAGCCAAAGUUGGUCCAUCGGCUUGAAAUAUGACUCUAAUGGUAAACCAAGGGUUGUAUAUGGGUUCAAAAACAACUCCAAAGGAGCCAGGUUACUUCCGCUCUUUGAAAAUUUUGGGACAUUGAAGCAUCUUGCAACUACUGAGACUGGAGCUAAGUAG